AUGGACCUAUAUGAAGUCUCUAGUUACAUGUAUAACGUCACAAGUUUUUUCAAGACCAUAAACUAUGAAGGCAAGACCGAGCCCAGUAGCGCUAAGCGCCUGAGGAUAUCGGAAUUGAACCCCCACCUUUUGUGUGCCCUGUGUGGAGGGUACCUUAUCGACGCCACCACUAUCAUAGAAUGCCUCCAUUCGUUCUGUAAAACGUGCAUUCUACGCUACCUGGAGACGAGCAACUACUGCCCCAUAUGUGAGGUACUCAUACACAAGACACGACCUUGGCAGAAUAUUAGGCUGGACCAUUCGCUACAAAACGCCGUCUACAAGAUGGUACCGGGAUUAUUUCAAAAUGAGAUGAAGAGACGGAGGGAGUUCUAUGAGAAACACAAGCAAGAAGGUAAGCUUUGUUUUUCUUUCCACUCGUUUUUUAUUCUCAUUAAAAUAAUUAUCGGCAGACGAGAUAACAGAGAAAAAUUUAUUGACGUUUCGAUAGACCAUUACAAGCGGGGCAGGCUACUGCCCGAGGGUGAGGUAGGAGACCGGAUUAUCUUCUCACAGGAUGAGGAGUUCAGCAUAUCCAUCGAGUUCUCACCUGACGGCAAGCCAGUGGCAGACACCAAAACCACGUCACUCAAACGUCAGAAAACGAACUGCCAACAUGAUAAACGCUACCUCAAGUGUCCAGCAGCUUUGAGGAUUGAACACCUGAAGAAGUUCAUCAGGUCCAAAUUUUCAUUGCCAGCGUCAAUACAGAUUGACUUAUUCCUGGAGAAAGAACCACUAUGUGAUUCCUUUACCCUCAUGGACGUAGCAUACAUUUAUAUGUGGAAACGGGACUGUGUUUUGAGGCUCUUUUACUCCUUUUUUGAAAUUCCUGCCAAGAUUCGGAAAGUUGAAACUGUGACCUUGAACUCUGAGAAGGUCAGUAAGAAAAACAAGGUUACAGACAAGAAAGAUGGCACUGAAGACAAACAAAAGGAAGACAGAAAGACUAAGAAUCGGAAAGAAAAACCUAGAGAAAGAAAACAGACAAAUAUAACGGGAAAGGGGGAGGUGACAGCUAACCAAUCUACUGCCAGUCAGCAGCCAGCCAACCAUGUUGCUAGCUGUGAAAAAAAUCAGAUAAUUUUAUCCAGCCAUAAUUCUAGCUGUGAAAAGAACAAUCCAGUGAUACCCAGCCAUGAUGUUGGCUGUGAUAAAAACCAACCAAUCAGUGCCAGCCACACUACUGGCAAUGAAAAGAACAACUCAGUCAUAGCCAGCCAUAACAAUGGCCUUGAGAAAAACCAGCCAAUCAGGGCUAGCCAUGAUUCUAGCUGUAACAAAACUCAGCCAGUUGUCACCAGCCAUGAUGAAGGAAGCACCAGAAACCAACCAGAUCUGUUGAUGAACUGUUCCAAUGCUCAUCUAAAACGGAAACACUCAGACACUGGUCAGUCCAAGAAAAGCCCCUCUGUUGUAAAGCAAGGCAAGGUCCCCCCACAGACCAACAUUCUAAAGCAGGGCAAGGUCCCCCCACAGACCAACAUUCAAAAACAGGGCAAGGGCCCCCAACAGAACAGCAUG